UCGCUCGUUCCGCCGCCAUGUUGACUGCUGGCACCGAAGCUUGCCCGGGCGGCGCCAUGUUAGGGCUUCGCCGCUUUGCCUGCAGCACAUGGCGGGAAAGGGCGGCUCGGAGACGGCGGCGGGUUUGCUGAAUGGCGGGGCCGGCGAAGGGCCGGGCGGGAAGCGGGCCCGGCUGGGGUCGGCUCCCCACGUCCUCCCUGCGGGGAACCGGGUGACGGUGGUGCUGGGGGCGCAGUGGGGGGACGAGGGCAAAGGGAAGGUGGUCGACCUGCUCAGCCUCGACGCCGACCUGGUCUGCAGGUGUCAGGGUGGCAACAAUGCAGGACACACCGUGGUGGUGGACACGGUGGAAUACAAUUUCCAUCUCUUGCCCAGCGGAGUGAUCAAUCACAACGCCACAGCAUUCAUCGGGAACGGGGUCGUAAUUCACCUUCCGGGGCUCUUUGAAGAAGCUGAGAAGAACUUAAAGAAGGGACCAGGGUUGGAAGGCUGGGAAGCCAGGACUGUGAUUUCCGAUCGCGCUCACUUGGUGUUUAAUUUCCACCAAGCUGUGGAUGGCAUCCAGGAACAUCAGAGGCAACAGCAAGGAGGCAAAAACCUGGGCACCACCAAGAAGGGUAUCGGACCUGCCUACGCCUCCAAAGCUUCACGCACCGGCCUGCGCAUUUGUGACCUGUUGGCAGAUUUCAACGAGUUCUCCAAAAAAUUCAAGGUUUUGGCCCAGCAGUACAAAACCAGCUACCCAACGCUUAAUAUUGACACCGAAGCCGAACUGGAACAACUAAAGAUCUACGCCGAGAAGAUCCGCCCCCUGGUGAAGGACGGGGUUUAUUUCAUGUAUCAAGCUUUGCACGGGCCGUCCAAAAAGAUUCUCGUGGAGGGAGCCAACGCGGCUCUCCUGGACAUCGAUUUUGGUACUUACCCCUUCGUGACCUCCUCAAAUUGCACCGUGGGAGGGGUUUGCACCGGCCUUGGCAUUCCGCCCCAUUACAUCGGCAAAGUGUACGGCGUGGUGAAGGCGUACACCACCCGUGUCGGUGUGGGGACUUUCCCCACCGAGCAGAACAAUGAGAUUGGCGAGACGCUCCAAACACGGGGACGGGAAUUUGGCGUCACCACGGGCCGUAAGCGGCGCUGCGGCUGGCUGGACCUCGUCCUGGUGAAAUACGCCCACAUGAUCAAUGGUUUCAGCGCCCUGGCUGUGACCAAGUUGGACAUACUUGACACCUUUGAAGAGAUCAAAGUGGGUGUGGAAUACCAUCUUGAUGGGAAGCAGAUUCCAUAUUUCCCAGCCAACCAGGAGCUCCUGAACAAAGUCACCGUGAAAUACAAGGAUCUUCCUGGAUGGAGGCGUAGCACCGAGGGGGCUCGCACCUUUGACGACUUGCCCUCCGAGGCCCAGGCUUACAUCCGGUUUAUCGAGAGCUACCUGGGAGUGCCAGUCAAGUGGAUCGGCGUCGGGAAAUCUCGCAAAUCCAUCAUCAAACUCUUUUGAGAUCUUCCGCCUCCCCACCCCGGAUCGAAGGCAGAGGCUGUUUCUCCUCUCAAGUCCAUUGGGCAAGCAGCUGAGGACGCCGGCUCACCCCUCUUGAAUGCACUCAGGCCAGACCCCUCCCCUUCCUCAGUUUCCCCCGUGUAAAAUUUCCUCUUGGCCCUUGAUUCUGUCCCUUGGUUGUUCAGGAACAGAAUUAGGACAGAUCCUGCUGGCAGCUGAGCUCUACACAUCUUUCCAGGACAAAUUAAGGGCACACACUCCAUUUUCGCACCCUUUUGCCACCCCACCCACCCGAUAAGUUGCCAUCGAUCACCCCUAACCCUGAUCUGACCAGCAGUCAUGGUUCACCGUUUCUUUCCAUGUUACUAAUCCCUUUGGUCAUUCCUUGGCAGUCAGUCUGACCACAGGUGGAGGUGUUUCUCUUCCCCCACACUCCAUCCCUUCCAGCCAGAUGGGGGAGGGGGGAGUGGUUCAUGGAAAUUGUAGUCCCCUGGUGCAAAAAUGGCAGCCUUCCACUGGUUGUCUGCUACAGCGGGAAUUCCACCCAGUGUCGGCUGGCAGUGAGGAAUGCUGGGAGCUGUAGUUUCAUCAUCCUAUCUACUGUAUAAAAUUGGGCGGUAAGUAGAUUUCUGGAGGAGGGGGAAAAGGUCCAUUGUAAUUUCAAACCGUCACAAAGGGGAUCUGUCAUAAGUCAAGGACCUCCCUGUUCCUUGGAAACUAGUCCACCGUUGAAUCGCAGGCGUUUUGUGCCUUUGAAAACUUAUUGACGCGUCGCCCAAUUUUUUUUAGCUUUCUAUAUAUAUAUAUAUUUUAAAAAAACAGCACGCUUUCUAUGUUUAAAUCUAAUUGUAGAGAUCUCCCUUCUUCAGGGAUCGCUAAAUUACAGAAGCACUCCCUGUAGAUUCUGUGGCAUUUUUUCCCCCUUGGGGACCUUAAUCAGGACUAGCCUCUUUAAUUGCCAUUUUGGUUAACAAGAGAAGCAGCCACUUAACACAAGCAGCCGAUGGGACGCUAAAGCUUUCUAGAUUUUUACCUGCACCAACCCCUCUCACUACGUCCAAAACACACGAAACUUUACUGCUUUCGAAGGAAACCUGUUUUGUUCUCACAUCGGUUGUUAAGUUUGCUUCUGGCAAUCUGCCACCCAAAGCAAUAAAGAAUCACGAUUUUAUUUUUAUAAAUCGUUUGGAAUAGUGAAAGAA